GUGAAACUCGCCUCCCUUGCCUACUCCCCAGUGAUUUAGCCUUUUAAUCCAUAAAUUGCAGCUAUCUUUGGGAGGUAUACCAGCGUUGCAGCUACAAGAGUCAACCAUUACACAUUCAUCUACCAGCAACCACCUCGAUACACCACCUACCUGUAGCUCACGCCCCAAUCCCCUCAUAUCUACGCAACCCUAUAGUAGUAAUGGAGUCCACGAUAUCUUUCAACUUUGCGGGCCCAGCUAUCCAGUCUGUUGACCUCGGCCUCCCCAAAACUGCCUCUGUGGCGGAUGAGCCGAUGCUCAGCGUCAGGUCCCUCAGCUACGCUUACCCGCCGUCGACUUACAAACAGAUAGUGCAAAAACGUGCGAAACUCAACGAGCUUGCCGCACGCGUGGCCGCGCACAGCCCGGAUGAUGAGUGCAUUUCACGCUAUAUUCUUCUCACAGCCGAGUACGGCUUGCGCGUGCCGACAGACUCGCGCGUUGUGCAGACCGCGACUCCCAAACGUAGCAUUCUCCAACGCGCAGAGUCGGGUGAGCUUUUUCCCGUGAAAGCCCCCGUGCUCAAACCCACUCCUGUGGCUACCCUUAAGCUGGAGACUGAUUCCGAAACCAAAUGGCCAUGCGAGUGCGGCCGAAACUAUAGCACGCGUGACGCGCGCAAAAAGCAUCAGGUUGCACCCGGCCGUUGUGCCGCGCGCCAUGGUGACUACGCCACCCUAUUGCCCCUGCAUGUCACUGCCGACGCUAUUGUCGCUGUGGACGCUGCCAGUACGCCCUCGCCCCUGGCGUUGUUCCGGUUGCCAUGUGAGUGUGGCCGAAAGUACAGCACACGCGAUGCGCGCAAGAAGCAUCAACUCGCGCCGGGACGCUGUACUGCGCGCUACGGUGAUGCAGCGACAAUUCCCAACAUGGGGCCCACCAACCUUGAGCCGUUGGCGGGAUCCACGACGUCGGAGAUCCUUACAGAAGAACUGGCAAAUCGUGUGGGAUGCGAGUGUGGUAAGUUCUACAGCACGCGUGAUGCGCGCAAGAAACAUCAACUCGCACCAGGGCGCUGUACCGCACGCUACGGUGACGCGGCGAAAAUUCCUAACAUGGGACCCACUAACCUUGAGCCACCAGCUGCACCCAUAGUACUGGAGGUUCUUGCGGAAGAGCUGCCCAAUCGUGUGGGAUGCGAGUGCGGUAAGUUCUAUAGCACGCGUGACGCGCGAAAGAAGCAUCAGCUCGCUCCGGGACGCUGUACGGCGCGUCACGGUGCACUCGCAACGAUAGCACCCGGCGUGGUCACCGUGGAGGAAAAACGCGACGAAGACAAGCCUAUGCCGCUUCUUCCCAAGCACGAAGUCUUGGCAAUAGAGCCAGAGUCUAACAAGGUGUACUGUGAGUGCGGGAGGGGCUUCAGCUCCAAGGAUACCAGGCGGAAGCAUCAGGCCGCGCCGGGCAGAUGUCCUGUGCGCACCGAAGGAAAGUUGGAAAAACCUUCGACGGAAGUGCUUGCACCAAAGCCCGAGUUAAUGGUAAAUCCCGAACUCGCCCCGAAACCAUCUAUCAAUUUGUUCGCAAAACCAGAAGUAAAGGCAGAAAGCAAAGAGGAGAAGAAAGAAAAAAUGGAUAUUUCCAGCUUAAUGAACAACGAAAGCCCCCCAAAGCCUUUUACUGAGAUCCCAAACGCUCCAGGAGACGAUGAUCGCGCCCCGUGCGAGUGUGGCAAGACAUUUAGCACCAAGAGUGCGAGGCGGAAGCAUCAGAAGGCUGAGGGGCGAUGUGAGGCGCGCUAUGGCCCCACCGCAACGAUCAAACCACAUAUUUUUACCGCCACCAGACGGACAAAGGCGAUAGACGAGACGGACGAGGGGACGCCGGGGGGGAGUGUUGAGCCGGAAAAACUAAAGGAGAACACUGCGUGAGUGGCCAAAGGAUGGUAUAAAUUGCUGUCAACUUCUGAAGUCACAGUUGACAUUAAGCGAACAGCGGAUAAGCAAGUUUAUUGAGGUGAACACCUUGUUUUCUAUUAGUAACAGGUCUGGUCUAGGUUUCCAGUGAACACCUUGGGCGAGAAUGGUGGAAGUAUACCCGUACUAUACUCGUACUGAGUUGUAAGAGCUCUAUGGGAGAAUUACGAGCUGUUUCUAAAACUUACGGGGUAAGUUUAAGUGGGUUAGAGAUUCUAAUAGCUUUAUAAGCAAAUUCACCGACGUGGAAGAUUUAUUCGUGGAAUGAAUUUAGAAGCGAACUGAAAAUAAAACCCGUGCUUACAUUUCGACAAAGAUGUGAAUCUUAAAUGUUAGUAAAAGGCGCCAAACAGUAUGGCGCAUCUAUUAUUUUGUAACUCCAAGCCCAUUCCUGAAGUUUAACUCAAGGUACAGAUAGUUGAAA